GAGUUAUUAGUCGGUUGUUAAUUAUCUGUUAUUUUCAGUGAGUCUGAGAGCACUGUCGUCCCAGCCGCCGGAAGUCUGCAUGAAGCUGCGUCUCCCACAGAGGCAACGGCGUCGACGUUUUUUUUCUGUCUUCGUUUUUUUUAUUCGAGACUUUUUUUUCUCUUUUUUUAUUUUCACUCGGCGAGAUGAGCAGGGAGUGAGGAAUGGAGGCGUAGGGAGCAUAGGGUGUUUGUGUUUACUAAGCGACACGCUAGUUAUGCAGAUGAAUAUACAGGCCUGCUUGUAGCUAGAGCAAGCCAGCGAACAAAAGGAGAAAUUUAAUGGAGGCAAGUUAGCUAGCGCCCUUGUCUUGUUGCGUUAACCAGCUAACGCUAGCCAUGUUUGUUUACAACUCGGAUAUCUCAUGAAGCGCUUGGCAGCUGGUUAGGUGCAGUGUAACACAGCCAGUCUGAGUACUUUGCAAAGGGCUUCCCGAUUUAAACGAAUUUCUUACAAAUUCGUAUUUACAAGAUUUCACCAAUCACCGCUAACGUUAGUCCGCAGCUAGCAGUGCCACAGUUUGGACAGCCAGCUUGUGCCCCUCAACAAAAAAUGUCUCUGAAUCGCUGUUUCUGUAGUGCACUGAUAAUGUGGCCCCCAGACUGCCAGAUCGCAAUAGUCUGUGAGAAAUUAAUUAGUUGAUUUUCACCUGAAGCUUCGCUCAUAAUGUUAUUUAUUGGUUGUGCAACUACAGAGACGAGACUCAUGAAAAAUAACGUAAAACAUUCCUCGAGUUCUGCAUUGUCAAUGUUUUGCAUGAAAUAUACUCUUGCUUCAGUUGUUUCAGCGUCUGUCUUGUUAGUGUAUUACUUUGUUAUCUUGAAGUUUAUUUUCAUGGGCCUGUUUUUCCCUAAAGGGCAGUGGUCACUUAUCUUAAAACUCCUUUCAGCUUAACUAGCGCGUAAUUACCUGCAUGCUUUUCUUAGUUUGCGAGCAAUAUGACCAUGCAUGACAUUCACAAUGUUAACAUGCAUACAGAAAACCAAACCGCAAAGUGUGUGGCAAAUAAAGUGAAGAUGCAUGCCAAAAUAGAACAAUGAAACUAUGAAACUUCCUUCUUUAUGCUACAGAAAACAUGUUGCAUAUGUGUCAGUGGGAGAUGAUCAGAAAGCAGAACAUCAGAGGUUUGAUAGUGAAAAGUUAGACAGUUGUCUUGUAAACAGUGAGUGUUGUCUUCAGCAAACGAUACACACUGUUACUUUGAACACAUGCUGCACUAGCGUCUAGUUUGGGAGAACAUGCCUCUUGUGUUGCUUUUCCAGGUAAUAAUUUUGACACAGCAUUGUUUGAUUUUCCGAAAUUAGACUGAGUAACAUGUUGCUGAUACAGCAAGCACACUAAGAUUGAGUAAAUGGCAGCACAUACUGUCUAAAGGACUGAUGAGGACAUGCAUGGGCUGUGUAACAAAACCUUAUCAGAAUCCUCAAAGACUUAUUAUUAUUAUUAGUGUUUUCUCAUCUCUUGCCUCUUCUGUCCUCCUGCCAGUUCUUUUAUGUCCAUCUCUCCCAGAAUUGAGCAUCUUUACCUGAUUCCUUUCACAUCCUCUUCUCUUUAAAGAAAUAAUGGACGAUUCCCCUUUCAACUCAUCAUACUUUUGGUCUCCCGUCCCCACUGUACAAGGACAGAUCGAGAACGCCAUGUUCCUGAACAAGACGAAGGAGCAGCUUGGUCCAGAGAAGGCCAAUGCGCCCUCCUUCCCUCACUCCUCUGCGUCUUCCACCUCCUCCCCCCACUACCCCACGGCUGUGCUCGCCAUUCCCAGCUCAGUAGACGCCGGGGUGCGGGUGGUCCCCAAACAGGAAGGAAGUGGGGGCGGAGGAGGAGGUGGUGGCAACAGCGGCAGCGCACCUUUAAGUGUGGUCGGGGGACACCUGCACCAGUCGCACACCUCCCAGAACAUCACCGUUGUGCCUGUUCCUUCUACGGGUAUCAUGACUGCAGCGGGGUUAGUGAUCACCACCCCUCAAGGCACACUGGUCCCCUCUGCCACCACACAGUCAUUUGUAACUGGACCCCACACUGCCACCACCAUGAUAGUGUCUGCACUGCACCCCUCAAAUACAGACAAGAAGGAGGACAUUGCUGUCCCUCCUGCAGUUGUCAUGCCGACGCCAUCAAAGCGAGGCAGAAAGAGCAAACAGGUGAUGGGAAGAGUGCCUGGAGUGGGUGGGGUCCUCCCGUCAGGAAGUGAUGCAUUAAUAUUGGCACACCUUGCUGCGGGUGGACAGCACCACAGUACUGACCCGUAUGACCUGUCAAAUGAUGAGGACGAUCAUACUAACAAAGAUGGUCCCAAAUCCUACAGGUGUCGGAUGUGUGCAGUGACGUUCUUCAGCAAGUCAGACAUGCAGAUCCACGCCAAGUCCCACACUGAGGCCAAGCCCCACAAGUGCCCUCACUGCUCCAAGUCGUUUGCCAACUCCAGCUACCUGUCCCAGCACAUCCGCAUCCACAGCGGGGCCAAGCCCUACACCUGCACCUACUGCCAGAAAACAUUCAGGCAGCUCAGCCACCUACAGCAGCACACACGAAACCACACUGAGGCCAAGCCCCACAAGUGUCCCCACUGCUCCAAGUCGUUUGCCAACUCCAGCUACCUGUCCCAGCACAUCCGCAUCCACACCGGGGCCAAGCCCUACACCUGCUCCUACUGCCAGAAAACAUUCAGGCAGCUCAGUCACCUACAGCAGCACACACGGAUUCACACUGGUGACCGACCGUACAAGUGUAACCAUCCUGGCUGUGAAAAAUCUUUUACUCAAUUGUCCAACCUACAGUCUCACCGCCGGCAGCACAACAAAGACAAGCCGUACAAGUGCCACAACUGUAACCGUGGUUACACAGAUGCUGCCAGCCUGGAGGUGCACCUGUCUACACACACCGUCAAACAUGCCAAGCUGUUCUCCUGUGGCCUCUGUAACCGAUCGUAUACCUCGGAGACGUAUCUGAUGAAACACAUGAGGAAGCACAACCCCGACCCGCUAACAGUAGCAGCAACAGUGGCUGCUCAGCAGGCCCAGGGCCUUACACCAGGCGGAAGCGGCAGAGGCCGAGGUCGUGGCCGAGGAAGAGGCGGGGGCAGAGCAGGCCAGCUCCAAAGCCAGACCAACCCUAACAACACCACCCAGAACCCUAACCCCGGACCCCCAGGCAGCUACCAGUCACACCAGCAGCCCUCGGAAGCUGUGGUUCAGUGCCCGUUUGACCUGCACCAGUACAAGACAGUGUCAGCCAGUGAGAUCCAAUACAAACCAGUCACUGUGGCAGACCUGCCAGUGACCCACAAAGACCUCUGCCUCACCGUCUCCACAUCAGCCAUACAGGUGGAGCACAUGAACUCAUAGGCUGCGUCUUCCCACUCUGUUCAAGGAAUUUCUAAUUGUGUCCGCAGUGUACAAAGGUCCAUAUGUAACAAGUAAUUUAACUGUAUUCAGUAUUACAGUCCUCAUAACCAAGAAAAAAAAAUGACCAAUAGGGUGGAGAGUUUGCCACCACCCUGUUAGCCAAAUGCAAAUCAUCUGGUUUCCUGAUACUGAACUGAAUUUGAAAAUGGAGCCGGUAACUCGUGAAAUUGAGAUCCUCUUUCCUCGAGAAAUUGAGGUUUGCAUUCUUUAAGUUAAAUUAUUUUGAAAGAGGGUGAUCUGUGAUUUUCAAAGAUACAAGAAAAAUUUAACCCCCUCAUUGCCACUGUUCCCUUCAUUUUAAGAAGCUUUAAUGCUGACAACACCAUUAAAUUACUUGUUAGAACACAGAUAUUUUACAGUGCGCUCCUCAGGAUCUCUCAGGAGGAAUGCUGCUCUAGGAUACAGAUAUAAAUCAUUUGUUCUUCAGUCUGGAAUUACAAUUCACUGCUGGCUUUUAUGUCUUUGUAAUUGAGACGAUGAUAAAACGUAGCCCCUCCUUUAGCUGACUUGCUUUGUAAUACACUGAUCCUAAACCAGCAGUCGUCCUCUGAGAGUCUUGAGAAGCUCACUGCUGUUUCCUUUUUUUUUGUAUUGCAUUGUUUGCAAUAGGCAUCAUAGGAGGGUGAAGGUGUAAAAUAUCUGCAAGGUAAUGAAUUACAUUAUUCUCUGCACAUUUAUAGUCCAGAGAAUGAUGUGAUUUUCGAUCAGAUUCAGAUCACAUUUAUCUGAACAUGCACCGUUAUAAAGUUCAAGCCAAAACAAGAGAGAGAGAAACACGGCAAAGAAUCAUGAAAGACUUUAGAACUGAAACGGCAGGGCAGUAGUACUGAUCUUUAAAAAAGAUGCGGUUGGAUCAGAGAGACUGAAUUGGAUCCUGAGAAAAGACCACAAAGGAGCAGGGGCAAGAAAAAGAGAAGGAUGUGGUGUAAUGUGGGAUUAGGCUAAAGCCUGGGGCUCAAAUCUCAAAAGUGAGCAUUUCACUAAUCAUGACGUCCCUUCUUACACCCGACUCCUCUCAGACAGCAGGGAGUUGAGGGACCGUCUCUUAGUCGGAGCUCAAAGUACUGAACAGAAGUGACGGAGCAGUUCGACAUGCACUAAUGUGAGGAAUCUGCAGCAGAAGGAGAUGGAGGCGCGAGAGAGAAAAGGGGGUUGGUGGGGCGGGUGGGGUCACAAAGAAAGCACUUGAUGAAGCUUGUACUUCAUGCCUACGUUUGUCAUCAUUGUGUACUUUUUUUUAUUAUAUCAUAUGUAUGUAUUUUUCUACCAACAGAGGAACGUGUGAACAAAGUCGGAGAGAAAGCAGAGUGAGUGCAUGAAUGUGAAGGGAACAGAGAGAAAAGUCCUAACUGUGUUCUUUCCCCCUCAUUUUUUGUUAGUACUCAGAGACAGUAAAGUGUCCUCCCAUGAGUGAAGACAGCCCGAGUCAUCAUUGUCAGGGCAGUUGUUGGGGAAAUGAUUGUGUGAUAAAAAUGACUGACAGGUACUGUUAUCAAUCUUUUUUUUUAAAGAACUUUUCAUACAUAUUAUUACUACUUUCAUUAUAACUGUAUUGCAAAUGUUAUCCACAUUAUUAUCAAUCUGAGGCAUUAUUGUAUUGCAGUAUGCUGUACAUAAAAUAGAUAGAAAAUACUUUUUCAUCCGUAAAAGGGAAGUAUGUCCUGUAUAAAGCAUAUAUGGAAACUAAAGGAACUCAAAUUAACAAGUACCAAAUCACUGGCCAUUUCCCAGGAUCCCAGGUCACCUUCAGGGCUGAUGGUCCAUAACCUCCAAGCUCAGCAAAGGCUGCAAAAGAAUGAUAAAGUCCACUCCUAAGAGGUUUGGAAUUGCCCAAAACAUUGGUUAGAAUAUGGCAAAAUAUAUAUAGAGAUAUUUUAUUUUUUGUUUUUGUCAUUCUGCAAUGUGUGACAACAUUUCCUGCAGUUUCAGCCACACUCGCUCAUUCUACUUGAUCAUAUUCAUUCUGAAUACGAUGUAACCUGAAACGGUUUGGCCAAGGGAACUUUUUACUUAUUAAUAAUAUAUGCUUAUUAUACAAGAUUAUUGUUGCGCUGUGCAAAAGUGACCCAACCCGACCUGAAAACAAUUCUUAGCAUUGAUCAGUAGUGAGAAUUUCUUCAUGAACACUUUAUUUACAUAUGAUGUGAAGCCCAUUAUUAAAUAAUGAUUAAACGAGGCUGUGACGUCGGUGACCUGGGACACUGCAGCCAUGUUUUUGUGGAGAAGCUGUCACUACCCAAUCAGAAUGUCCAAGCAGCCCGUACAACCGGCUGAUUGUCUUCAUGUACUCCUCUUUGUAUUUCAUUGUGUCCUUUUAUGAAAAAUAACACGUUCUCAAUAUUAAUUCUCAAUGUUAAUGUUAUUACUGAUGCUCCUGAUAAUAAUACAGUUAUUAACGACCAUCUUAUGCUACACUCUUGCAUACUGUAUGCACAGUUACACCUCUUGCUCAUCCGAACAGACUGUUUCUUCCCUUAAGGAGAAUAAAGUUCGAAAACAGGAUUCUUUAUGGUUGCCGUGUGGAACUUGAAAAAUCAUCAGCAUGCUGGUUUUGAAACAGCAGCAGUGGGUCAUGGUGAGUGUAUGUGUUCAGUGGUAGUAAAAGACUUCUUGGAGAAGCUGCUAAUGUGUAAAUGGAAGACGAGUGAGAUGUUUGUCUGGGACAUUGACUCCUGCUAUUAAAAUUACAGCCCGGACAGAUCAGUUGUGCUGUGAAGGAGAAAAUAUAUUUUUAAAAGACUACUGAUAGUUUGUCAGGGAUGUGAAGCAGAAUGUGUCUCAGUCUGAAAUAAAUAUUGUACUUUUGUGGGAAAAAACAUUUAAGCAAAUAAAAAGAGAAAAAGGGGAGUAA